AUGUUUUCCAUUCCAGAUUGCCUGACCCUGAAGGACGUGAAAAUAAAAGUCCCAUCCGCAGUCGUUCAAGGUCACAAAGCGAUACUGAAGUGCAUUUUCGACGUUGAGGGCGACAAACUAUACUCGGUGAAGUGGUACCGCGGCGCGGGCGAAUUUUACCGUUUCACACCUAGCGACAGCAAUCCCAUCAAGCAAUUUAAAAUAAAAGGCUUCCACGUGGCGGAGAGCGAGUCGAACUCCACUCAAGUUGUCCUGGAAAACGUCUCCCGGGCCAUUAGCGGCCCAUUUAGCUGCGAAGUCACUGCGGACCAGCCCAGCUUUUACACUGAUAUGAAGACUGCUGAUUUGGAGGUUGUAGCUCUGCCCGAAAAAGAUCCUUACAUAACGGGUCUGAAGGCAAGAUAUAGGAUGGGAGAUAUCCUAAAAGCCAACUGCGUAUCAGAGAAGUCUAUUCCUGCUGCGAACCUGAGCUGGUACGUGAACGGCCAACACGUGGGAAGGCCACACGUGCAUAAGUUUACCAACGUUACGCACAAUUUCGAGGAUGGAGAAUAUGUCACGUCCUAUGCAACGCUACGCCUGAAAAUAAAUGAGCACCACUUCGCCAACGGCAGACUGAAGAUCAGAUGUUCCGCCAGCAUGCACCACAUCUACCACCGUAGCUCGGAGAAGAGCAUCGAACUAGAGAGAAGAAAGCACAAGGCGACGCAUGCGUUGCAUGCCACCACCACCACCACGACCACGCCAGGUUACCCCCAGGAGAAAUGGCGGUAUGUGGAGAGCAAUUCUCCGCCACCAAAGUCCACACUUAUAUUCUACCCCGCGGUCGACAGUCACGCCCGAUCGACGUAUCGUUACGAAGCCAUCACGCUAGUUCCUGUCUACCUGCUUCUGUUAUUCCACAGGUGAUACUUGUUUUCGAUAAAAUAGCCUUAAAUUGUUAAUUUAAUUUAAUUACACACUUCCAUAAUUUUAAUGUGAUACAAAUGGGUGUUUACAAUACUUUGCUCAGAGAGCCUGUGUAAAAAAUACUAUGUGAAUAAAUUUAUUGACAAAAUAAAAGGAUUUAUAGUAUUUACUGAAAA